ACGUAUUUAAACAAAACUCGUCAAAAGAAAGUUGAAAAAAACAAACGCGACACACUUCACUUUGAACAUCCAAAAAUAAGGCUCAGCAACUGUUUCUAAUAGAAAGUGAAGAAACAACAUUAAUUUUCUUUAAUCAGCGCAAACGGAGGUUCAUUUUUGUCUUCCUAUGCAAUAACAAAUCUGAACACAAAUUAGUACUGAUUAAAGAAAAAUAAUGUUCUUUCUUCACUUUCUAUUAGAAACAGUUGCUGAGCCUUAUUUUUGGAUGUUCAAAGUGAAGUGUGUCGCGUUUGUUUUUUUCAACUUUCUUUUGACGAGUUUUGUUUAAAUACGUCAUUUAACAAACGAGAGUACUAGCACAAAUUACAACAGCAGAUUUCAAGAAGUUUUUAGUGAACUAGUUCAAACAUCGUUUGCGCCCAUUACUCACGAAGUAGUUGUUGAAGAAAGAAAUUUGAGUAAAGAGAAUAGUAGUCUGUCACAACCUUGUUGCGUUCCAACUCGAAAAAACAAGUAAGAGAAGCACAUAUUCAUAUAAAGAAAAAUGCAACAGAACGACUAUUUUGUCUUAUAUACAAUGCUGAUGAUUGUUGAUCAUGCUAAAUCACAAGCUUUACAACCACCGACGCGCUUUGAAUUACAACUAUUCGGCACAUCAUUUAUUCCUGCUAACCUAAUCGAAUUAGUCAACAUUGAAAGCGUAUUAUCAGAGAUUCACUGUACACGUAUAUGCUAUAAUGAACCCCGAUGUAGAACAUUUGAUUAUGAUACAAAAUCGUUUCAAUGUCGAUUAUUUGAGGGUAAGUGGGGUAUCUUUCAAAUGAAAUCACCGGGCAUAUAUAGGAAACACCCCUGUCAACUACCAGCACUACGAGUACAACAUCAACUACAAGUACAGCGUCAACGUCGACUACCAGUACAACAAGUACAACAUCAAGUAAUGCCUUUUCUUUUCUGA